AUGGCCGAAGAACCACCUACGAAGAGGACAUGUCUUGGUGUCGAUUGCGAGAACGAGGCUUCCGCAUUGCAGUGCCCAAAAUGUCUUAGUCUUGGCAUCAAGGACAGCUAUUUCUGCUCGCAGGACUGCUUCAAGAAAAACUGGGGCACGCACAAGAAUGUCCAUAAGCAAGAGAACAGUAUUUUAAGCCACAUCUUUACUCCUAAGGUCGUGUCUGAACCAGAUCCAGAAACCGGUUACUACAAUCCGUUCCCAACCUUCAACUUUACCGGGCCGCUCCGCCCAGUCUACCCGCUGUCGGCGAAGCGCGAGAUCCCGAAGUCGAUACCGCACCCCGACUACGCCGAAGAUGGCAUCCCCAAAUCCGGUCGAUCAUUUGUCCGGGCGAACAAGAUCCAACAGCUCGACGAGAAGGCUCAGGAGGGUAUGCGCAAGGUGUGCCGCCUUGCGAGAGAGGUUCUCGAUAUCGCCGCCGCAGCGCUUCGACCGGGCAUCACGACCGACGAGAUCGACGAGAUUGUGCACAAUGCUUGCAUUGAGCGGAAUUCCUACCCAUCACCCCUCAACUACAAUCACUUCCCCAAAUCCGUCUGCACCUCGGUGAACGAAGUCAUCUGCCACGGGAUACCCGACAAGCGCAUCCUGCUCGACGGCGAUAUUGUCAACCUCGACGUUACACUGUACCAUGAAGGGUACCACGGCGACCUCAAUGAAACAUACUAUGUGGGCGACCGGGCCAAGGCUGACCCAGACACGGUCCGUGUCACUGAGGCAGCGCGUGAGUGCUUGGAGGAGGCUAUUAAGCUUGUUAAGCCCGGCACACUGUUCCGCGAGUUCGGUAAUGUCAUCGAGGCGCACGCCAAGACCAAGGGGUGCAGUGUCAUCCGCACUUACGUCGGUCACGGCAUUAACAGCAUCUUCCACUGCCCGCCGAACAUUCCGCACUACGCCAAGAACAAAGCUGUUGGCGAGUGCAAGCCGGGCAUGACUUUCACUAUUGAGCCCAUGAUUGCGCUGGGAAAAUACAGGGAUGUAACAUGGCCGGAUAAUUGGACGAGCACCACGAUCGACGGGAAGAAGACGGCCCAGUUUGAGCACACCCUUCUGGUGACAGAGACGGGAGUGGAGAUUCUCACAGCUCGGCAAGCUGACUCGCCUGGCGGUCCGGUCCCCAUGCCAGUCACUCCUGAAACUAAUGGGACUAGCUAG